UUGGGAUUGUGAUCACUUUUGUUCAAAUAGCUAUACCUCUCUCUUCAGGCCCCUGGCUCUCUGGCCUGAGUUGAAGUCAGGGGUCAGCCUUUCUUGCUCACCCUCUUAAAUCAUGGUGCAGUGAAAACCUUGUUGGAGUGGCAUUGACUGUGAUGGUCUGAGCCUGCUCUGGGACCAGGUUGCUCCAAGAGUGAGAUGUGUCCCUGGGCAAGGAAGAUAGUUACCUGCUCUGGGUCUCAGCACUCUCCCCCACCCCCCAAGGUGGCUGUGAACAUGGAGUUGCUGCAAGGGUUGGGUGAGUUACUGUGUGAACAGCAUGGAGCAGGGCCUGGCUCAGGGUGAGAGUUGCAUAAAUGGCAGCUAUGUUUGGUUGAUUCUCUUCCUUCUGCUCUUCUCAUCACUGAUCUCAGCGAGGUUCAUAAUUUAGGUUAAUUUAAAAGUGAGUUUUGGAGUUUCAAGUGGGCCUUGGGUAGAGUCUGCACUGCUAUUCUAAGUGUCUGACCUCGGCUGAAAUAUUUACUCUCUAAAAGCCCAGUCUAUGUUAAAUGAGAUAAUGCACCUUGCAGAGCAAGUUCCUGCUAGGAUGCAGGCUGUGAGGCCACCUCCUUAUCUCUCCUUCUGAGCCAUGGGCUUCUCCCGCCCUUGGGACGCCUAGUUGGCUGGUAACUUCUGUCCUCUUGCCACCCUGGGAUGGCCCCCCCCUUCUGCUUGUUUUUUUAAUACCUUCAUGGGCUCCUUUCCUGUGUUGCUUUUGGAUUCCUCCACUCCUGCCCCCUCCAUCCUUGCUCCAGAGGUCUUUCCUGCCCUCCUUCCUUCACUUCCUUCCUGAACCAUUUUCUGAAUGGUUUUUCUGGGCCAGCUUCUCUGCUGGGAAAAGCCACAUCCAGACAAAUGUAUUCUCUGUCCCUGUGGAGCUCAGGGGUCAACCUUAGCCAUAGGAUCAGACAAAUGAUUAUAAAAUCAUGAAAGCAAGAGAGUCUACUGACAAGGCUCUGGGGAUGGUAGCUGUGGUGUUGGGGUGCAGAUUUGGGACGCUUAAGUGGAGCUGUUGGGGUGAGUGGGUAUCCCUGGGGGAGGAAGGAAGAAGAGUACAAGGACGGAGGGUCUCGUGAUGUGCUGCCUGCUUUCACAGAGCACUUUCUGCUCACCGUAUUCUCUCAGUUCCCUAGAUCACUGCAUGGAGCCCCAGUUUACAGCGAAGAAAGCCAGGAGGCAAAAAUUCUUGGCUCAUUUGCCCCCUGUCCAAGGUGGCCAGCCAGGAGGUAGCCCAGCUGGGGUGAAGGCCUAUGAUCUGCACAUUCUGCCUGGCUGAGCAGGGGCCCCAAGUGGGAAGGAGACAGCAUGUUUGAGGAACUGAAAGAUGGACGGUUAACUUUCAGAUGGAGGUUAACAAAGGACAGAGCCUUCUGGGCCACAAUUAGGACCUCAUCUUCUGCUUUGAGGGCAAUGGGAAGUCCCUGGAAGGUUGGGCACAGGCUCUCAGCAGUAUCCUGUUUGUGUUUCCAAAGGUUCUCUCCCCUUCUUAAAUGCAGUGACCAACCUCCAAGAGUCACUCCAUCACGCCACGCCUUGAGGGGGCUGUGCCCCUUACUGCUGCUGGGCACCAUGUCGACCUCAUCUCUGAGGCGCCAGAUGAAGAACAUUGUCCACAACUACUCAGAGGCUGAGAUCAAGGUUCGAGAGGCCACAAGCAACGACCCCUGGGGCCCAUCCAGCUCCCUCAUGUCUGAGAUUGCUGACCUCACUUACAACGUUGUUGCCUUCUCGGAGAUCAUGAGCAUGAUCUGGAAGCGGCUCAAUGACCAUGGCAAGAACUGGCGGCAUGUCUACAAGGCCAUGACACUCAUGGAGUACCUCAUCAAGACUGGCUCAGAGCGAGUGUCGCAGCAGUGUAAAGAGAACAUGUAUGCUGUGCAGACGCUAAAGGACUUCCAGUAUGUGGACCGGGAUGGCAAGGACCAGGGUGUGAACGUGCGUGAGAAGGCCAAGCAGCUGGUGGCUUUGCUCCGAGAUGAGGACCGGCUGCGGGAGGAGCGGGCGCACGCGCUCAAGACCAAGGAGAAACUGGCACAGACAGCAACGGCCUCGUCAGCAGCUGUGGGCUCUGGGCCCCCACCUGAAGCAGAGCAGGCAUGGCCACAGAGCAGUGGGGAGGAGGAGCUGCAGCUCCAGUUGGCCCUGGCCAUGAGCAAAGAGGAGGCUGACCAGCCCCCAUCCUGCGGCCCCGAGGACGACGUCCAGCUCCAGCUGGCCCUUAGUUUGAGCCGAGAGGAGCACGAUAAGGAAGAGCGGAUCCGUCGUGGGGAUGACCUGAGGCUGCAAAUGGCCAUUGAAGAGAGCAAGAGGGAGACUGGGGGCAAGGAGGAGUCAUCCCUCAUGGAUCUUGCUGAUGUCUUCACUGCUCCAGCUCCUCCACCGGCCUCUGACCCCUGGGGAGGCCCAGCGCCCAUGGCUGCUGCCAUCCCCUCGGCUGCCCCCACCUCGGACCCCUGGGGGGGUCCCCCUGUCCCUCCAGCUGCUGACCCCUGGGGUGCUCCAGGUCCCACACCAGCCUCCGGGGACCCCUGGAGGCCUGCUGCCCCCUCAGGGCCUUCGGUUGACCCUUGGGGUGGGACCCCUGCCCCUGCAGCUGGAGAGGGGUCCACACCUGACCCAUGGGGAAGCUCUGAUGGUGGAGCCCCUGUUAGCAGACCCCCAGCGUCCGAUCCUUGGUCACCAGCGCCAGCCUUCUCGGACCCCUGGGGGGGGUCACCUGCCAAGCCUAGCACUAAUGGCACCUCAGCAGUCGGGUGCUUUGACACAGAGCCUGAUGAGUUCUCUGACUUUGACCGACUCCGCACAGCACUGCCGACCUCUGGGAGCAGCACGGGGGAGCUGGAGCUGCUGGCAGGAGAGGUACCCACCCACAGCCCUGGGGCAUUUGAUAUGAGUGGGGUUGGGGAGUCUCUGGCUGAGGCUGUGGGAAGUCCUCCACCUGCAGCCACCCCCACCCCCACGCCUCCUACCCGGAAGACGCCGGAGUCAUUCCUGGGGCCCAAUGCAGCUCUUGUGGACCUGGACUCGCUGGUGAGCCGGCCGGGCCCUACGCCACCGGGAGCCAAGGCCUCCAAUCCCUUUCUGCCAAGUGGAGCCCCAGCCACUGGCCCCUCUGUCACCAACCCCUUCCAGCCUGCCCCCCCUGCGACGCUCACCCUGAACCAGCUCCGUCUUAGUCCUGCACCCCCAGGCCCUGGGGCACCCCCCUACAUCUCUCCUCUUGGUGGGGGUCCUGGCCUGACUCCAGUGCUGCCCCCGGGCCCCUCGGCCCCCAGUACAAACCCCUUCCUCCUAUAAUCCAGGGUGGGAGGGGCCCUGUCUAGCCCGGCCCACUGCCCCCUUCUGUUCCCUCAGGUCAGUGCUGUGAGUGCAUGUGACAUGGGCCCGCCCAGUCCCCUCCCAGUGCCCACUCACACUACACCUCCCCCACAUCCCCCACCCCUCCUGCCCAAAGAAAAGCUGGACAUGGGGUGGGGAAGGGCGCUGGCUGGAGGACCCUGUUCCCACGGCAUUAGGAGGGGAAGGAUGGCUGGGCCCCCUCCCCCAUUUCCCUCCCUCUAAACUCCUGACUCCUCAUCAGUGUUUGAACCUUCUAUCCCUCCCCCCCAUGCACCCCUUGGUGAAUCUUUGAUGAUGAUUUUGGCAACUUUGGGAAUAAAUGGCAAUUCUCAAGGGUGUGCUGCCCCAGACUCCACACA